AUGUACACGGGAAUGCUCACAGCGCUGGUUCUGGCGGGCGUCCUUGCGCUCGCCACCACAGAUAGUUAUCACCCUGACGAGCCAGGGUCAGUGCGGGGUAUGGUACGAAUAGACGAGCUCUCUGCAUCCUUCUGGCAGGAGCAGGCGCAGGCGAUCGUGAAGCGUCGCGCUGGAACCAAGACGGGUCCCGCUGCGCGUAAUGUCAUCUUAUUCCUGGGCGACGGCAUGUCCGUGCCUACGCUCGCUGCAGCUCGAACGCUGCUUGGGCAACGUAACGGGUAUACCGGAGAGGAGGCAGAGCUCUCCUUUGAAACCUUCCCGACGUCUGGUUUGAGCAAGACGUACUGUGUAAACGCUCAAGUCGCAGACUCUGCGUGCUCAGCGACGGCAUACUUAUGCGGUGUGAAAGCAAACCAAGGUACCCUUGGCGUGUCGGCUUCUGUACCGCGUUCGAACUGCAGUGCGUCACUAGAGCCUGCUGCUCGACUACAAUCUAUCGCCGCGUGGGCUUUGGCGGAUGGCCGCGAUGCUGGACUUGUAACCACCACUCGGGUAACGCAUGCGUCGCCAGCCGCUGCAUACGCACGGGCCGCCAACCGCAACUGGGAAAAUGAUGCCAGUGUGCGUGCUGACGGGGCUGACCCGCAGCAAUGUCCAGAUAUUGCAACGCAACUAAUCACUGAAGACCCUGGUCGCCAGUUUAAGGUGAUACUAGGAGGAGGACGACGCGAAUUUUUACCAAGUCAUGUUUUGGAUGAAGAGGGAUCAAAUGGAACUAGGACCGACGGUCGCAACCUAAUAGAAGAAUGGCGGUCAGACAAGAUUGGACGUAAUGUUACACAUAGCUACGUUUGGAAUCGAGAGCAACUGUUAAGCGCCAAUGCAACUUUGCCAGAAUAUCUGCUAGGUUUGUUCGAGAGCAGCCACCUGCGGUACAACAUGCUCACCAAUCCCACCACCGAGCCUUCUCUGGCUGAACUGACCGAAGUUGCUAUACGAAUGCUACAGAGAAACGAAAAGGGUUUCUUUCUAUUUGUCGAAGGUGGACGCAUAGACCACGCCCAUCACAGCAACUACGCGGAGUUGGCACUGGAUGAGACGAUCGAACUCAGUGCGGCGGUGUCGCGUGCGGCUGAGUUGCUGGAUGAGAGAGACUCCUUGCUCGUGGUAACGGCGGACCACGCCCACGUCAUGUCCUUUAAUGGUUACGCAGCACGUGGAAGCAGCGUAUUGGGCACGGCGAGAGGUUCUGACCGACACGGCGUGCCGUACAAGACACUCUCCUAUACCAAUGGACCUGGAUUUCGAGCUCACGUUGAAGGAAAACGUGUAGACAUUACAAAGGAGGAAAAAUACGGAUCCCUGCAGUGGAUGUCUCACGUGGAUGUCCCGCUGUCGUCGGAAACGCACGGCGGCGAUGACGUAGCAGUUUUCGCGCAGGGACCGCAGCACGCUUUGUUCUCGGGCCUCUACGAACAGAAUGCUAUUCCGCACCUCAUGGCCUACGCGGCUUGCAUCGGUCCAGGCGAACAUGUCUGCAAUAAUGCUCAUAUUAUUAUACCCCUAAGCUCUCUGCUAUCUUCUCUGAUAUUCCUAAUAUUGUGUAGAUAA